AUGGCCACCACAGCCAUCAAGAUGGUGACUCUGGACAUGGCUGAGGAUUCCUUUGAUGACCAGUACCGGGGCUGCGGCCCUGCCAUGACCGCAGCAUGGCCGGACCUCAACCAGUUCGAUUUAGAGCAGAAUGAGAAGCUUGCCAAGAUUUGGGAAAAGGCUGUAGCCAAGUGUCAGAGUUGGAGGCCCUCUGAGUCCCCUCUGUCCCCAGACCAGGCCACUGCUAUCACAGCCUUCACAAUGGAUGACCUGUCCAGCAUGUUCAAUAAUGCCAUGCACAUGGCCAGGCGUUUCUACCAGGAAUACCGGGACAACUUCCACUUCCAAAUGCUGCAUUUCCUGCUGACCGAUGCCCUGGCCAUGCUGAGGGACACUCUGAAAGGUGUCACCCAAUACACCCGGGAAGGGGACAAGACACAGAUCCAGCUCCGCUCCACUGUGACCUUCAGCAAAUACAACUGCGAGUGGUCUGAGACUCCCAUGCUCCCGCUGACACUCUCCAUCACGGUGGUGCCCCUGGACAUGGCCUGGCACUCCUUUGAUGACCAGUACCCCGGCUGCCGACACGCCAUGACUGAGUUGUUGCCAGCCCUCAUCUGCUUUGAGUUCCAGCAGAACCCUCUGUUUGCCCAGGUCUGGGUGAAGGCUGCGGCCGAGUGGUGGAGGCGGGGGCUACCUGUGACCCCUCUCCCAGCCCAGGCCAUUGCCCUCAUGGCCUACACAAUGAAGGACGUGUACAAGGAGUUCAACGCUGCCGUGCGUGUGGCUGGGCGCUCCCGCCAGGAAUACCAGGACAACUUCCACUUCAAAAUGCUGCAUUUCCUGCUGACCCAGGCACUGGCAACACUGAGGGACACUCGGGGACCACGGUGUCACCAUGUGUUCCGGGGAGUGCUUGGGGUCCGGUUCAAGGUGCAGCGUGGUGACACCAUCCGGUUUGGUCAAUUCACAUCAACAUCACUGCAUAAACAGAUCGCUCAGCAAUUUGGGACAGACACGAUGUUUCAGGUGCAGACGUGUUACGGCGUGGACAUCCGAGAAUUCUCCUCCAAUCCUAGUGAGGAGGAGGUGCUGAUCCCACCCUUUGAGACAUUUGAAGUCACCAGUGUCACCCAGGAAGGGGACAGGGCAUUGAUCCAGCUCCGCUCCAGCGGGACCUUCAGCAGAUACAGCUGCGAGUGGCUGCGACGUGACAUCAUGGGGAAAACCUGGAGGACAGGGACACACAUUGUGGGUAUGAGGGCACCCAUGAUUAGGUAG